CACGAAACCACCAUUUUGAACUCGAUUUGUAGUUUCCUGGAAGAUUUGUCCAUUAAAAACACACUUUUCAAGUGGAAUCGCUCAUAUAUGAAAGCAUCUGAGGCGCGUGAAAAAGCCUAUUGUCGUUUUCUUUUAAUCUAAUGUUUACAUGAUCGAGUCACCAUGUCAGUGAUUGAUGACCAGGUCACGCCGAGCUCCGACAGUUUUUGGGAGGUUGGCCAAUACAAACGUACAGUCAAGCGGAUACAAGAUGAGGAUCGAUUAUGUAAUGAUCUCAUGACCCUCAUCCAGGAACGUAGCGACAUUGAAAAAGUGUAUGCCAAGAAUUUGAGGCAGUGGUCAAAAAAAUGGACAGAUCAUAUAAAAAGUGGUCCUGAGUAUGGUACGACCGAAGCAGCCUGGAACGGAGUGAUGCGGGAGGCUGAGCGAUUGUGCGACAUUCACCUGGACGUCAGAAGUCAACUGAUGAACGAGGUCCUCCCGACGAUUAAGCAGUGGCAGAAGGAGCACUUCCAUAAAAACAUGAUGGGUGUGAUGAAGGAGUCGAAGGACAUGGAUGAUAACUUUAGAAGAGCACAAAAACCAUGGGCGAAGAAACUAUCAAAGGUUGUCAAGGGUCGCAAGGAUUAUCAUUCGGCUUGUAAGACAGAAAAAUCAGCCCGAUUACAGAAGAUGAAUGCUGAGGGCGACUCAUCUAUUUCACCAGAACAGGUGAAAAAGUUAAGCGACAAGGUUGACAAAUGCGAACGAGAAGUGGAAAUAACGAAAGAUAAAUACAACGCUGCACUCGCCGACCUUAACUCGUAUAAUGCAAAAUACAUAGAAGAAAUGAAAGAUGUGUUCGACCAGUGUCAGGACUCCGAACAGAAACGACUACAGUUCUUUAAGGAGAUGUUGUACGGUGUCCACAAAUGCCUCAAUAUUAGCGACAAUGAAGAAUUCCCAAGGAUCUAUGGAGAUCUGUACAACACAAUCGGUAAUGCAGAUUAUAACAUGGACUUGAGGUGGUGGUCACAGAAUCAUGGCGUGGACAUGCCAAUGAGCUGGCCAGUAUUUGAAGAAUUCUCACCUGAAGUGAAAGCGCAGAUAUCGGAUAAACGGGGCAAGUCAUUUAUGAAAGGAGGAAGAGAUGGCGACGAAAUUAUGUUAAAAAAUUACGUGCAUCAUGACAAAACUCCAAGCCAUGUGUCGGACACGGGCUCUGAUAACGCCUCCUAUACAAACAAACAGGAAUAUACUAAGGACUAUGUAUCGAAAACUCAGAGCGUUACCGUGGAGUCUGCCCUGCCAGAUGCCUCAUCAUCUUCCAAUCCGAGUGAAAAAUUAACUCCUCUAAUUAACCCCAAACACCACCAGCAUGUCGAGGCUCAUCGGAACCCAGCGUAUGAAGUCGAUCUACCGCCUCGGACGCGGCCAAGAAUACCUUCCUAUGACCAUUCCCUAAAUCCCUUCGGUACCGAUGACAAGACGCCUACGCCAGAUGCUCAGUCAAAAGUGAACCCGCAGAACCCGUUUGGUGAUGACCUUGAGGUGGAGUACGACCUCACAGAUGACGGAACGGAGGGCCAACCCGUACGAGCCUUGUACGAUUAUUCGGCAGUCGAACAGGAUGAAUUAGAGUUCAAAGCAGGCGACAUAUUUUCCAAGCUCAGUGACGAAGAUGAACAGGGUUGGUGUAAAGGACGGAAGAAUGGCCGCAUCGGACUCUAUCCGGCGAAUUAUGCAGAAGCAGUCAACUAGCCAGACACUGAAGAGUGUCAGUGGCAAUAUCAUCAUUGUUUGAAGUGAUUGUAUGUAUGUAGGCUUAGGAGUACAGGUCUGACAAGGAGGCCACAUUCUGGGAAGAUCAUGAAUAUUCACAAAUUUCAAAAUGGCCGUUAUGACAUUGUGAUUCAAGGGAACGAGGAUGAUGAAUUUAGAUAGAGGCGGUAUCAUCGGGGGUGAUCUUCCAAAUACACUUGUCUCGUCAUGGUGUCGUCUUAACCCGCUGUUGUAUGUUUUCAAAUCACAAAGCAUUGGAGUGCCAACUUUAGAGUGUGUCCAUUGCAUGUCUGCUUGGUGUGACUCAAGACAAGUUGUGGGGUAACGAUGUGUCGUCCAGUUUGAACAUUUCAGUUUCUCCGAUGGAUCAUCCAAUCAGAAGAGCAAAAUUCUGCAUCUCUGUAGUGCUCUCGUGCUCGAUGACAUGUAGCGAUUAGUGGAUAUUAUUUCUGUACCUUGAGUUUUCUGUGACAAAUUCACCCAAAUACAUUAAGAUGGCUGAUUAUCUUUGUAAUUUGUCUUUAGUAGAGGGUGAAUCUGUUGGUUGCAAUUAUUCAGUCCAUAUCAUUUUGACUUGAUGGGAAUUCGUUGUCUUUUCUGCGACGAAUACGUGUCUAGUCAGAAUGAAUUAGUCUGAAAAUGAUGUAGAAGGUUGUAUUUAUUAUAAAAUACAUUUGUAAAUAUAAUGGUGGUUGAAGAACCUAUUCAGCCUAAUGUUGAUCACAUUUUGAGAAAUUGAGAGUAGAGAAUACUGCAUGUGAGAAGAGAUGUCACAUUUGUUGUUCGGUUCAAGUUUUGAUUAUUUAAGUCAGUUUAAAUUGUCACGGGAUCUGGGGUACUUGUUAAGACACCAGUUUUAUUUGACAAUGUAAUUGACAUGGAAUCGUUUGAACCGUUGAGUUAACUAGGUCGGCCUAUUCUUUACUCUAUCUCAUCGUAAGAUGGCCAGAAGUUUGCCUGUGUAUUUGUAAAGUAAACCUGUAUGUGAGUGCAGUCUAUAGCUGUCUGGACUGUAAUUUGGUUAAAAAACAACAACAAAAAAGCUUGUUUUGGUGAUAUUAGUUGGUAGUUUAAAAUUCUAAAAUCCAGGUGAUUGUUUGAAACUGACUCCCAAGAAUAUGUCUCAAAGUCUUAAGGUAAGAGGUGGAGAUAGUGAUGAGACUGGACUUCGUCCAUAUCUAUUUGUGAUCAAGUGGUUGUAUUGGAAGGCUGGCAUCAGUUUCAGAACAAUUCCCAAAAUCCAUAUCCGUAAAAAUCUGAUUUGAUCGUUAAGUGCAAAGGUAAUUAUAUUCUGAUAUCGUAAUCAUUGUACAAAGUGUCCAUCAACUUGUUGAUUUCAAUACUCUCUUUUAAUCUGUCGUCAUCGGGCAUACGGAAAAUAUGUGCAGGAAGGGGAAAGUGGACUAAUUGGUGAGAAGUGAGGGAAUUACCAAUCACAAAAACAAUUCAACUAAAAGUUUAUUUGUUAAAUAUGCUUCAAUUGUGACAUUGUUGCUUCCUCAAUGGGUCUGCAUUCAUGUCAUUAUUUCUGCAGUUCUGCACAUCUUUUUCACCAGGACGCCCUGUGUAUCAAGCUAGUUGAUCUGUUAGGAAAGUAUCUAUUGUAUUAAGCAUUUGUAAAUAUGAUCAUGUCCUAACCGUCCAUCUUCUAACUUUUCCCAAUGUCCCCUGUUUGUAUAAUGUACUGUUUAUAAAUUGUCUGAUGAACAAGUAUUCUGUAAAAGAAACCUCUCCAAUCUAACCAAGGGGACAGUUUCUUGAAGUUGUCUGUUGCAUUGCCAAAUUCAGGGAUUUUUUAUAGCAUGUCCUUUUUCCAUGUCCUGUACUUGGUGUGAAAAACGUGGGUUGUAAUAUUCUACAGCGCUGUUGAAAGAGAGAGGCCAAAAAUGUGGUGUUGUGUUGAGCUUGAUUCAUUGCAAAGUCGGUUACAGCCUUCAGCCUGAUAGGGAAUUAAGAAAUCGAUAUUUGAAGAUGAUUGAAAUCGACAUCAGCUGUAAACAUUGCCCCUCCUUUCUGUUUGACCAAAAUGUGCAGCUUGAAAUGUGCUAAUUGUUUGUCCUCAUUUUGUGCUUCAUCUUGACUAAGUUAGAAGAUGGUGGACCCUAGUCACAUUAUACUAUCAGUAGUUUGUUUCCGGAAAGUACGUGUAGAUGUAUAAAUGAGUCUGUCCAGUGUCUUGACCAUUCCAGAAUGUAACCGCAACCAAUUCGGUAGAUUAUAACUGAACCAAGUUGUUGCCAAGGUCUUUGUUGGGAAUCUAGCACUUCUUUCAAAGUGCUUCUGCCACCCUAUGCUCUGCCCACCUUUACAACUUAGUGGGUAGAUUUGGCAUCCUGGUAGUCUUUCACAAUUCAGCUGGGUCUUUUAAAAAUCUGCCUGAUUCCAAAAAAAGAUUCAAUUUGACAAAAUGCAAUUAUUCUUCAAGUUUCCUUAACCUUAUUGCCGAUCUUUUACAGGUUUCCCGCCAGAAAUGUUUGAGGUCACUAGAUUUGCCUUGUUUCUUUGUCAAGUGCUUUGCAAGAGAUGGUGGGAUUUUCGUAUAACUUUCGAAUGAAGGCGAAAUUGAGGCUGGCAUGUCAACCCAGCAUCAGUGAUUAUUAGAAGUGAUACUACUAUGAACAAACAACUUUUCUGCAAUUUGCCUCUCUUGCCGACCGUUGGUUAAUUUUUUUCAGCAGACCUCUGGUUGGGUGUUACAAUGUAAACCAUAACAUAAAUCCAUUUGGUGGCAUUCUUACAUUUGAUAGGUGUUUUGUGAACUUGUGGUAUUGUGAUAUUGCCUGGCAAUCAUCAGCCUGUAUCAACAGCAGCAUUAUAUUCUUUACAAUGCAAAUAUUCAAUUCUUACAGAGCAUGAUAAGAGUUCAUUUGUACCCACCAAACGGCUAAUAUAACUUAUUCUGGAUAUUAAAUUUGGCAAGUUUGUGUUAGUGUUUGUCUGGGCUGUUGUUUUGAUGACAUUACUUGUCAGUUGACUACUAAUACCUUUAUAUAUCUCGCAUAGAGGCCUACGUGUGCUGUGAUAGUUGCUGCCGAGUAGGCCUGAAGUGCAAAAUGCUUUUAUUCAGCAAAGUUUAAUUGAAGGAGCCAAAAUGAAGUUUGUGCUGGUCACGAAAUGAAUACCGGUAGCUCUAUUUACCGGUCAUCAUGUUUAUUGGUUGUUUGAAGGGCUUAUUCUAUGUUCGUUAGAAAAUGACACCGAUUUCCAGGUCAAAACUGUAAAAAUGGACCAAGUUUCUGACUGAUUGCACUUACUUGAACAAUGUCGAUAUAUUUGAGUUUAAUAUUGAUAUCGUAGCGGAAAUGCCCAUUUUAUUUAUUUUCAUCCGCUCGUCUCACAGUUAUCUUUGCACUUGUUUAUUGUUGAUAUAACCUCAUCAAUGAAACCAGCUAUGAAAUUGGUGCGUCCUUCACUGACCAAAUUUGUUUGUCAUUUGUUAAGUUUGUUUUGAUAAUGCAGAAAGGGAAUUUGUUCAGGAUAGGAUGGGCUUACAGGACUGACAUCUGGGACUGAAAAUACUCCUUGACUCCUAAGGAAAAUGACUAGCUCUCCUCACCCCUUUCUGUCUUGUCA